UAGUUCGAAAAUUUAAAUCAACAUGAAACUGCUGAUCGUCCUGAUUGCCUUAGUGGGGGCUGUUUUGGCCAGACCCCAAGGAGGAUUUGGACCUCAAGGAGGAUUAGGUGGACAUCACGGAGGAUUCGGCGGACAAGGAGGAUACGGCGCACAGGGAGGAUACGGCGGACAGGGUGGUCUUGGUGGACCCCGAGGAGGAUUUGGUGGACCUCAAGGAGGAUUCAAUGGACCUCAAGGAGGAUACGGCGAACAGGGAGGAUACGGCGGACACGGAGGGCACGGCGGUCAGGGAGGAUUCGGCGGACGCAACAGCGAAUUUGGUGGUGGUUUUAACGGACAGCAUCAUGGCCAUGGACAUCAUAAUCGUCACGGCUACUAAUUCCCCAAUUUGAUAGCAAUAUAUAUCAAAACAAUUCAAAACAAUAAUAAAGGAAUUACUUUUCCGCUAUUUAACUAAA